AUGCAACCGUCCAAAUUCAGAUGCGGAGAUCUUAAGACCAAGUUCUCUCCAGAGGACGAGGUACUGUGGGAGCUUCUGGUGCGCAUGGCCUAUUUCUACUUGCGAAGGCUUCGCAGCCAGAUCAAGCCUUCUGAACUGGUACUUAUGAACAAGCAUCGACGAAACCUGAUGAAGUAG